GAAUUAUGCGUGCUGACCAUGUCGCAAAGAACUGCCUUGGAUAAGUCGAUUCUCAAUUACAUCUAUCGUGGAUAUCGUAAUUGGUUAACGCAAUCCUACGGCACAAGAAAUGGCGAUCGAAUGUCCCAAUUACGGAAUAAAUAUAAAUUUCAAAAGGAAGUUCCAAUAGACGUCCCUUUUCCUUGCAAUGUAACAGCCGGCAGGUCUCCGAAAGUUCCCGAGUCGGUUCACCAUUUAAAACCAGGAGACAUAGAUGUCAUUGCCGCAAUGGGUGAUUCCUUGACAAUCGGCGCUGGAGUUACUUCGAUUUAUACGUUCGAAGUGAAUAUUGAAAAUAGAGGCAUAGUGGGUAGUAUCGGCGGUCAAGGAACUUGGCGGGAGUACCUGACUCUCCCUAAUAUUCUUAAAAAAUUCAAUCCUAAAUUAAUGGGUUAUUCACUUGGAGACGCUAUAUGUACUGAUCCAGCUGCGCAGUUAAACGUCGCCGAAGCUGGAGCUAUGUCUAAAGAUAUGACUUUCAUGGCGACAUAUCUGGUCAAUAAAAUAAAAGUUGACCCGAGAGUAGAUAUAAACAAACAUUGGAAGUUGAUUUCGUUGAUGAUUGGAAGUAAUGAUUUUUGCUCUAAUAUGUGUGCAACUUCUUCUCCAUGGACUAUGUUAAAUGAUCACAAAAUAGAUUUAAUUCAUACUCUUAGAAUAUUAAGAGACAAUUUACCAAGAACUUUUGUUGCUCUUAUACCACCACCUCACUUAAAGGAACUGGUUGCUGCACACAAAGGAAGAGAGUCAUUCCUGUGCUAUUUGGCAUCCAUGAUUGAAUGCUCAUGUAUGUUUGCUUUACAAUUUAGGGAUCAAAGACCGGAAUAUUAUAAAUUAAUUGAGAGGUUUCAUAAUAUUGAAAAUAUUAGGGAA